AUGAGAAUCCCAACCACAGUGGCUUUAAUGUUACUGCAUUUUGGAUUGCUAACCUAGACAGCUAAUGCUUUAACAAGCGCAAUCUGUAACUACAAAAUGUUUCCAGUCUUUGCUGGAGGAUCCAAAGAUGAGUUCGUGAAUGCAGUUGAAAUCGACAGAUCUCAAAAGUAUAUCCUAGUAGGAGGUAAAACUCAAUCAAGCAAUUUUGCUCCAGCAGAAAAUGAUCACGGUUAUGUGUACGCCCUAGACAUGAAUGGCAACUGGAUGUGGGGCAAUUUCUUCUAUAAUGUCUCCUAUGCUGUAGCUGAUGUUAAUGGAAUUCAUAUGUCCUCACAAAAUACUUAUGUUAAUGUCAUAGGGCAGGCUAACUCAAAACCUAUUGUUAUGACAUUGAGUAAAACUGAUGGUUAAAUUAAGCAGUUCCUUACUUUGGAACCUGUAGCCGCCUAAUAAUCGGUUCCCACUUAUUACAUGUACAGCAGUGUCUACUUUGAUGAGAAGGACAGUUUAGAUUCCAAUUCCUAUAUGUAUGUAGCCUUUGGUAUGGGCACAAACUACGACAUGCAUAUUGUAAGAAUUCUCAACAAAAAUCUAGGAGAAACUCUUUAGAUAGAUUGGCACAUUAGAUUCACCAGACCUUCAAACGCUAUUACAACCAGCAUGAACAUUCCAAGAUAUCUUCUUCAAGAUAAGAACGAUGCAGGAUACUUCUACAUAACUGGAAUGUAUAAUAACAUUGGUUCAGUCACCAAAUUCCAAAAACGUGAUGCAAGUCUCAUCUAUAGAGUUUUCUUCAAGAAAUCUACUGAUCCCGAACCAACAACGAAUGGAUUAACUGAUAUCACAGCUCAAGUUAUGACUUCUAACGGUCAAAUGAUCGGAUGUGGAAAACACUCAACUGGUCUGCAGGCUGGUUUCUUCAGAAUGGAAAGCGAUGGAAAGGUCAAAUACUUCAGUUCCAUUACCACAGUGGGAGUUCAGAUACUCUGCAAUGGAAUUACCUAUGAUGAAUCCUUAGGAGUUGCUACUCUUCUUCUUUCCUCAAUGGCUGUAGGAUUAAAGACCUCUUUAAAUACUGAUUCAGCUACUCUUGAUGCUUUUCUAUACUAAAUUAAUGAUGCCGGCUCACUAUCUAAGGCUAAGCACAUCACUUUUAGUAAGGGCAGUGAAAAGAUCUCUACUGUUCUUGAAACCAACCUUCUUCAUAAACUUGAUGAUUAUUACAUUUGGGCUGGAACAACUAUAGGAUUCUACACUGAUUACCAAUCAUCUAAAUUUACUAACUCUAAGACUAAUUCUUUCGUCAUGAGAUAUCUUUAUGACACUACUACUACCCAGAGAUGUAUUAAAGAUCAAGAUGUCACACUUACUUCUACCAUAAAGGGAUACUUUAAGGAGUAAACUCCAACUGAUUGGACUACUUUUGUCUCUUAACAAACAGUGACAAGUAAUGGUGUUCUAAAUAAGCUUUCCAAAUGGUUAGCCGUCUAUAAAUCACCAUACUCUGGUGCUUUUGAGCUCCUCGACACUCAAUAUGUUCCAAGACCUUGUGCAAGUAGUACAGUUAACAUUACACAGAUGGAUUACUUCUACGGGCAAAGAUAAAAGCAAUAUGAUUUGAUUAAGUCUGGAGUUCAAAAUGUACUCUCUAAGAUGACACCCGAGCAAGAAUUCGUGUUUUAAAAUGGAACAGCAGCCAAAUUGUUUGCCUGGCUUGGAACAAAUACUAUAGCUAACAAGACUAUAGUUUAUGUUCAAACCAAUGACGAAGCUCUAGUUGGAACUCAAAGAUUGGUUAUCAGAGGCUGUGAUUCAUUAAAUAAUCUUCAUGAAAUCAACUAUUACAUCAAUGUUUCUUCAAACUCUGCCCCAGAAUUUGACACAGAUAUUUAGACUUAAUGGAACUUAAAUCUCAACGAUAAUAUUACCUAUAAACUCCCACCUUUCUCAGACCCAGAGGGUAAUGAUGUUGGUGAAGUAUAUAUCAACGCUAUGGAGAAUUAAGACUUCCCUAAGUUCGUCAAAUACAUUAAUUCUUCUCAAACUAUCAUCAUGAACCCAACAAGCAGACUAUUUAAUGGAAGAACCUACUAUUUCUCAGUUGUAUUGAAGGAAAAGAACUCAGAUUUCAUGAUGAACACUUACUACAUGACUAUUAAGAUGAGCGGAGAUCCUAUCGAUGAAGCUAAUGAAAUGGAAAAUGCAACUAAGAUUCAAAUGACUAUCCCUUAUCUUAACUAUCACUCUGAAGGUGUUUUCAAGUUCUCUCACCCAGUUGACAUGAAAUUCGUCUAAAAUAACUUUGCUAAAGUCUUCAAGGUCUAUAUCAACAAUACUGAGAAAAAGAGAGAAGAACUUAGAAGCAUUGAAUAUACAUGGAUUCCUGGUAGCAACACUACUUUCAACUUUACAGCAAGAUUCUAAGAGCCUUACAUGUAUGGACUGCUCAAUAAAAGAAAUGAUUUGCUGAUAUUCGAAUGUCUGAACUAAUCCCUCAUUAUCCUGAAUGCUUCUGGAGAGAUUCUUGCCAGUUCAAUUGCUAGCAAGAGAAUUGACAUGCAGUUUGAUUUUAGAGAUGAAAAGAUGCAGUUUAUGAGAAACACUUCAAUUGCUCUCUAUUAUGUCAUGAUUGCCAUUGUAGUUGUUCAAUUCUUCAUCUUGUUCUUUAAGAACGUAGGAUUCCUUCCACUUUGGACUUUAAUUGAGUACAUGCAACUGAUUGCAUUCAUGCCUCUAUACAACUUCAAACUUAUUCCCUACCUAUAUGAUCUAUUCAAGCCAUUUCUUAUUUCUCACUUGAUCUUGUUCGAUAACUCAAUCCUUUAUCAAGAAAUGAACGAUGACUAUUUCAACAUUAACUAUGAGUACUAUUGGCUCCCAAUUAGCAAGUUGAUUCAAUCAUUAAUGAAUAUUUGCAUCUUGGCUUUGGUUGUUGGAAUUGCUAAUGUCAUCAUCUAUGUGCUUUCGCUUUCAAUGAAAGAGAGCAAAUGGGGAUAAUUCAUUCAAAGCAGACUCGGUCAGUUUAAGUUCAAUGCAUACUUAAGACUCUACAUGCUCGCAUACUUUGACUUAACAUUCUUCUCUAUCAUGAAGAUUAUCGAGGGUAACAAUCAAACUCCAAUGAGACAAGUAGCUCUAUUCUUCUCUUAUGCCUUCUUUGUUGUCUCAAUUGUAGCUCCAGUGUUCUUCUUAGCACUAUUGCUCACCAGAUUCAGAAUUCUUUCGGAAACAGCUGGUAAAGCAAAGUUCAACUCCUUAAUCCUUAAAAUUGAUAAGGCCUCAAGAUGGAGAAUCAUUCACGUAGGAUUCUUCUUCGGUAGAAGACUUCUCACAGCUAUGCUAUUGACCCUACCAAUUGAUAACUAGUACAUCUUCUUGCAGUACAUUUUCAUUCUAGUAUCCUCUCACGCCUACAUUCUCUACAUGGUUGCAACCAAACCAUAUCAGACCCCACUUAUGAACGGCUAUAUCCUUGCUAAUGAGACCUUCUACUCUGCUCUCAUUAUCUUGAUCUUUAUCUUCUCAGAUGCCACUCCACAACUCCACAUCAAGGUUGUAGCUGGAAUCGCACUUAUCGUCUCAAUUUUCCUUUUGGUUCUUGCCAACUUGAUCUUCAUUGGAUAUACUGUCUGGAGAGGAAAGGAAAAACUUAAAGAGGACAUCAAGAAAGCUAAAUAAGACAGAAUUGAGCAAGAAGAAAAAGAGAGACAAGAAGAAGAGGAAAGAAAAGCCAAAAAGAAGAAGGAAGAAGAAGAAUUCUCAAAACUCCCCGAUGAGACAAACAAUGUCAGUCAAAGUCAAGAUAUUAACAACACCACUCAUCAAGGAAAUACCACUAUUUCAGAGCUAAAUCUAAAUAAAAAGAAGGGUAAGGUACAAAAGAAAAAAGUUGAAGAUGCUGUUGAGGAGAUUUCUCAACCCACAACCAAGGGACCUCUUGGAAAGAAAUCUAACUAUACCAACAGCAAGGAUCCAAGCAGUGAUGAGAAAUUCAACAGAACAGGUAGUGCUGAAAGUGAUCCCAAGAAGAAAGCCAAAGGCAAGGGCCAAUCAUCUGACGAUAAAGUGUCAAGAGACUCAGCCUCCCAAGAUUCAGAAAGAGGAAGAAGAAUUAUUCAAUGA